CAAAGUUUUUUCUACCACUUGACUUCCGGAAACGAAUUCGUUGUCGUUGUAUGUUCGUUUCGUCGAAGUAGCAAACUUAAAACGUGGUUGUUAGUAUUUAUGCUGGUGCGAGGUGCUACAAAUAAACAAACCAACGAAACUCCACGUAUUUUCCACCGAUGCUGGAUAUCGAAAAUAUGAUGCAGUUUUCCCCGAAAUGAGUGAGUUUUGACGUGGCUAACCCUUUAGCUUUUGAAGCUAACUCGACCUAGUUGGGAGAAAAGUUCGCGACAUUUACCACAUCAAUACAGCUGAAGAGACUGCGUACGCAGCUUGACUGUGACGGAACUACGACUCUGGAGUUGUAAACAGCGGACGAAAUCAUGGGUUCUUCAAAGAAACACAAGGAAAAGAGUCGCGAUAAGGACGCAGAAGAGCGCCGUCGUGAACAUAAGAAGCAUCGGCACAAAGAACGAGAGAGAGACAGAGAUGCCUCAGAUCGGGAUGGAACUCGAGAAAAACGAAAACGCUCCAGGUCCAGGGAAAGGAGCAGACGGGAUAGUCGCAGCAAAGGGGAAAAAAGCAGUGGCGAGACUCGUAUAAAGAGGGAGAAAUUGGAUCCUGGCUAUGAGGAAGGCAGUGCAGAAAUACAGCCUCAGAGUGCAAGUGGAGAUGCUUCCCUCAGCGUCGAGGAAACGAACAAACUCCGAGCCAAGCUGGGUUUAAAGCCUCUGGAACUCAAUGAGAACAAGAAAGAACUUGGAACCAAAGAGGAGCCACUGGUGGCUGAGACCAUCAACCCUGUUCUCAUCCAGCAGCAGAAAGAGAUGAGGGAGAAGCUUGCAGCUAUGAAAGAAAAACGUCUCCUCAAUCAGAAACUGGGCAAAGUCAAAAACCUUGCAGAUGAUGAUUGGCUCGAUGACACAGCCGCUUGGAUUGAAAGAAGCAGAAAGCUGGCACAAGAGAAAGAAAUGGCAGAGAAAAGAGCCAAACUUCUGGAAGAGAUGGAUGAGGAGUUUGGUGUCAGCAAUCUGGUUGAAGAGGAGUUUGCUCAAAGUAAAUUGGAUUCUUAUUCUUCACGGGAUCUCAAAGGCCUCAAAGUGCAGCACAAGGUUGAUUCCUUCAAGGAGGGCCACACUGUCAUUCUGACCCUGCAAGACAAAGGUGUCCUGGAAGAAGAGGAGGAUGUGCUUGUGAACGUGGGACUGGUGGACAAGGAAAAAGCAGAAAAGAAUGUGGAGUUGAAAAAGAAAAAGCCUGACUACAAGCCCUACGAAGAAGAGGAGAGUGUGGAUGACAUGGUCACCUUUAAGCCCCGCACUGUACUUUCAAAAUACGAUGAAGAAAUUGAAGGUGAAAAGAAAAAGAGCUUUCGUUUGAGCACAUGGGGAUUUGCUGAUGGGGAGCGAGAACGGGAGCUGCAGGCUAUGAAAGAAACGCUGCAAAACCAGGCCCAGUCUUUGGAAAUGCCUGCUCUUGCUAUCGCUUCGGAGUAUUACACGCCUCAGGAAAUGGUUGGCUUUAAAAAGACAAAACGCCGUGUGAAGAAAAUCAGGAAGAAGGAGAAGCAGACAAUUGCAGAUGAGCUCCUUGAUGACACUCGCAGCUCUGACUUUGGCUCCCGAGCACGAGGUCGGGGCCGCAAACAGGACAACGAAGAGGAGAAUACAGGCAAGGGCGAGCGUUGGCCACAUGAAAUCCCCCAAAUGUCUGAUGACAUCAGGACGGCAGAAAUGGAAAUGAGUGAUGAAGAAAACUUCACGCCUCCUGAGCCAGCUGUAAUUGAGGAGGAUGAGGCAGAGCAGGAGCUGCAGAAACAACUGGAGAAACAGAGGAAGCUGAGGCAGAAGCAGCUUCUCAAAGACUCCGGGGAGAAGGUGGCAGAGCAGAUCAGACGGUUUGUUAAAGGCGGUGACGAAAAUGAUCCUGACAAGAGGAAUAACAUUGUCUUCAAUGCCACCUCUGAGUUCUGCAGAACUCUGGGUGAUAUUCCAACGUAUGGACUGUCUGGAAACAGGGAAGACCAGGAGGAUAUCAUGGACUUUGAACAGGAAGAAGAGAAAGAUGAUGCUGGAGAUUCAGACUCCGAAAUGGAUGAAAAUAUUGGGUGGAGCACAGUUAACCUGGAUGAGGAGCAAAAUCAUGCUGAAUUUUCCACAGCCUCUGCCACUAUCCUGGAUGAGGAACCCAUCGUGAACUCUGGCCUUGCUGCUGCUUUACUGCUGUGCAAAAAUAAAGGGCUGCUGGACACGCAAAUGCAAAAGGUGGCUCGUGUCAAAGCAACAAAGGGGUCCCUGCCUAAUGACAACUACUGCAUCGAGGACAAGAUGGGCUUUGAUGAUAAGUACAGUCGCCGGGAAGAAUACAGAGGCUUCACGCAGGAUUUCAAGGAAAAGGAUGGAUAUAAACCCGACGUCAAAAUUGAGUAUGUGGAUGAGUCUGGGCGCAGACUCACCCCAAAAGAGGCAUUCAGGCAGCUUUCGCAUCGUUUCCACGGCAAAGGUUCUGGAAAGAUGAAAACUGAAAGGAGGAUGAAAAAGCUGGAGGAGGAAGCGCUGCUGAAGAAGAUGAGCAGCAGCGAUACACCUCUGGGGACGGUGGCUUUGCUUCAAGAGAAACAGAAAUCUCAGAAAACGCCGUACAUCGUCCUCAGUGGCAGUGGGAAGAGCAUGAAUGCAAACACCAUCACUAAAUAAAUAUGUAGGGGAAAAUGAUUAUUGUUGUAGCUCUUUUGAGAUUAUUGCUAGUUUAUGGUCUUGCUUCAGUGUUGAUAUAACAAUAGUAUAAGAAAAUCAGUACAGGUGUAAACUAUUUCAUUUGUCUUGUGAAUUUCCUAAAAGAACAAUAAUUUAAACCACAAAUUGUUUUUGAAACUUUUUUUUUCUGCUAAAAUAUGAUUAAUGGAUUCAGUUAUUAUUGGAGGUGAAUUUUUGAACAAUAUAUGGGCAAUUUUUACAAAUCAGAUAAAGGAAAAAAAUUUCUGGUCACAAAACUAAAACAGGAUAACUUGCAUCAUUGCACCUUUAAGCUCAAACAAGAACAACGUUAAAAAAUGGGAUGCAAGCAUGUUUUUCAAAAGGUCAUUAGAAAUUUUAAAUGCUGAUCAGUUUCUGUUUUAUGUCACCUGCUCUUUGUGAUUAAUUUUCUGCCUCAGAUAAUAUACGAGUGAGAGUUGUUUCAUAUUUGACCUUAAACUGGGAACUGAAAUCUUUGUAAAACCACCCUAGGUAAAACUGGAGAGCCUGGAUCAUUCACUGAAACAGCUGUUAGGAUAAUAUCGUUUGAUCUGUCUUUAAAUUCUGAAUAAAUAAAGUGCAUCUGUUGAUGA